GCAGGGCAGGGCAGGGCAGGGCAGGGCAGGGCAGGGCAGGGCAAGGCAGAAGAACAGCUGUAAAAGCGUUGCAGGAAGAAGUGAAGUGAGGAUGAGCAGGGAGUGGGAGUGGUCUCCUGAAAUGUACUGGGCCAAACCUGUCCCUGACGACGUGAUGCGGGAAACUCUUCAGAACUCCCUCUGUUUCGGACUCUACAAAACCCAAGACAAAGCCGAAACCUCACCCCAAACCUCAGACUCAAAUCCAGCCCAUCCGGAUUCAAACAGCACUACCACCGCCACCCAAUUCAUCGGCCUCGCCCGCCUUGUAACCGACAAAACCACCUUCGUCUACCUAACCGACGUGUAUAUCUCUCCCUCCUCCCAAGGCGCCGGUCUCGGCACGUGGCUAGUGAAAUGCGUGCAGGAGGUUAUUGGGGGUAUGCCGUAUCUGAGGAGGAGUAUGCUGUUCACUGGGGACUGGCAGCGUUAGGUGCCGUUUUAUGAGAAGAUGUUGGGGAUGGGUGUUGUGGCUGGGAAGGACGGCGAAGGGUUGGCGUUUAUGGAGAGGAGGGGGUCGGGGCAUCCGCUUUGGGAGGGGUGAGAUGGAUGGUUGGAUGGUUUGGGGGAGGGGCUGAUAGAGUAAUAGAUGAAGGACCGGGUGGCAUAGCAAGCCAAGUCUUUCAUUUACUUAGAUUAGAA